CCCGAAAGAAAGAAAAAGAUUUUCACUGUCUCAUCCGCCAACACAAAAGCAAUCGCGCAUUGCAGAAAAACACACACACUCUGGGUGCGUGCGUGUGCAGAAGUGACUUUCUGCGAGGAGAACGAACAAAAGUGCAGUUUUUUCACGCCCGAGAAAAGUGUCACCGCCAACGUCAUAAUUUUUGCCCAAACACACGCAACGAGAUCCGGCCAAAAGGGCAAAAAAAGGGUUGUGUGCGUGCGUGUGUGUGUGAGUCACCUUAAAAACAGAUCACAGCCUGCUGCGUUGGUGUGGUGGAAAGUUUCGAUUUUUUUUCCGAUCGGAGCAAUCGAUUUCGCGUCAUCGCGCUUUGACAGCUUCAGCGCCUGCUGCUGAAAAUGGAAGCCGUCCUCGUUGCAUAAUAAUUUUGCGUUUGACAUUUCGCCGUGUGAAAAGAUUAGCAAAGUCCCCGUGCCCGAUUAGUUCGAAGAGAAGCUGAAUUCCGGAACGACGGCGAUUCCCGAGCAGCUCCGGGGUCAAAGGAGCACUUGGUGGUGUGUGUUAUUGUGGUGAGGAGUGAGCGGUGGAAAGCCGGAGAACACCGGGAACGAGCGUCGGAACGGGCGGAAGGAGCGGAUUUUGGCGACGGAAAAAAGCACUUUGCCAGCAGCCACACACAAAUCGACCGUCAUCGGGGCAGAGGCUUCCAUUUUGCUAUUUUGCCCCUUUUUCGCGUUGAACGUUGACAGUUCUGUUUGCGGAACGUCAAAGGCGGAACGUCUGAGUCGUGUCGCAGGAGGACGAUUCCGGAACCGCGUAGGACCAACAUCGGCACCGAGCUGGGAUUUCUUCCGACCGCUGACGGGGGCUUGAACGCCGCUAUGGACUACGAUAAGACCGUAGAAGCAAUGGAUACGCAAGACGAUAACGAGUUAGAUCCCCCGAACGUGCAAGCGCUGGCCCCGACGACAGUGGUAAACCCAGCGAACGGAGGUGGUGGCGGAGCAGUGUCCGCCGGUCCCGAACAGAUGAACAUGGACGAUCAGGACAAUCUGGACGACGAGGUCCGGUCGGAGGCGACCUUUAGCUUUAAGGUGGAGAAUCUGAGCAAGCUGACGGAUUCGGUCCUGUCGCAGGUGUAUUACGUGCGCAAUCUGCCCUGGAAGAUAAUGGCCAUGCGGCGAACCAACAACACAACGUCGCCGCCCAGCAAAGGACUUGGCUUUUUCCUGCAGUGUAACGGCGAAAGUGACACCGCAAACUGGAGCUGUUCGGCGUCGGCCGAGCUGCGGCUGCUUUCGGUCAUCCCGAACCGGGAUCCGUUCGUGCGCAAGAUCCGUCACGUGUUCAGUCGCGUCGAGAACGAUUGGGGCUUUUCGUUCUUAAUGAACUGGAACGACAUCCUCAACCCGGAGAACGGUUACAUUCAGAACGAUUCCAUCACGCUGGAAGUGCACGUCACGGCCGAGCCUCUGCGGGGCAUUUUCUGGGACUCGAAGAAGCACACCGGCUACGUGGGCCUCAAGAACCAGGGAGCAACCUGUUACAUGAACUCCCUGCUACAGACGCUGUACUUUACGAAUCAACUGCGUAAAGCCGUGUACAAGAUGCCAACCGAAGCGGACGACGACUGCAAGUCGGUCGCGCUGGCACUGCAGCGGGUGUUCCACGAUCUGCAGACCCAGAGCAAACCGGUUGGCACCAAAAAACUAACCAAAAGCUUCGGCUGGGACGCGCUGGACUCGUUCAUGCAGCACGACGUGCAGGAAUUCCUCCGCGUGCUGCUCGACAAGCUGGAAAACAAAAUGAAGGGCACCAGCCUGGAGGGAACCAUCCCGAAGCUGUUCGAGGGCAAAAUGAUCUCGUACAUCAAGUGUCAGAACGUGGACUACACGAGCCGUCGCACGGAAACGUUCUACGACAUCCAGCUGAACAUCAAGGGCAAAAAGAACAUCAACGAGUCCUUCAAGGAUUACAUCGCGACGGAAAUCCUCGACGACGACAACAAGUACGACGCGGGCGAGCACGGCCUGCAGAAGGCCGAGAAGGGUAUCCUGUUCAGCAAGUUCCCGCCCGUGCUGCAUCUGCACCUGAUGCGCUUUCAGUACGACCCCAUUACGGACAGUUCCGUAAAGUUUAACGACCGGUUCGAGUUCGACGAGAAGAUCAACCUGGACCCGUUCCUGGAGAAACCGGAGGACACGUCGGCCACGUACAUCCUGCACGCCGUGCUCGUGCACUCCGGCGACAAUCACGGCGGCCACUACGUGGUGUACAUCAACCCGAAGAACGACGGCAAGUGGUGCAAGUUCGACGACGACGUGGUGUCGCGGUGCACGCGCAACGAGGCGAUCGAGCAGAACUACGGCGGCCACGACAACGACCUGAACAUCCGGCACAGCAGCAACGCGUACAUGUUGGUGUACGUGCGCGAGUCCACGAUUCACGAGGUGUUGGAAGAUGUCAAGAGCACCGACAUUUCGGACGAGCUGCAGGAGCGGCUGGAUGAGCAGCGCCGGAUUCAGCAGUGCCGUCGUACCGAGCGCACCGAGGCGACCAACUUUAUGAACAUCAACGUGCUGCUGGAGGACUACAUGGAGAUCUACCAGAAGUCGGAUUUGUUCGAUCCGGCCACGGCCACGUAUCGGACGUUCAAGGUGCGCAAAAGCACCACAAUUUCGGAGCUGGCCGGAAUGUUCUCGAAGGCGUUCAAGGUGGAGCCGGACAAGAUGCGCAUGUGGACCGUGUCGAAGAACGGGCUGAGGAUACACAAGUUCCAGCUUAUCGAUGCGAACACGAACGAAACGUGCAGCAAGUACGGCUACCAGGAUCCGAAGAACUCGUGGACGAUCUUUCUGGAGAUGGCCUCGCCGGAGACGAACCAGCUGAAGCCGAUCGAGCAGAACGACCUGCUGAUCUUCUUCAAGUCGUACGAUCCGGCCGAGAAGCGCCUGAACUACUGCGGGCAUGGCUUCUUCAAGACGUUCCGGUUCCUGUCGGACGAGUAUUUCCAGGAGGAGUGUCGCAAGCGAGCCCACUACGAGCCGGACACGGAGAUCCGGCUGUACGAGGUGACGGACAUCAACAAGGCGGUCAAGAUGCAGGAGUUCUUCGUGAUUGACUCGGCGCUGUCCCUCCCGAUCAACGGAUCGAUCAUCAUCAUCGAGAAGGUGAGCGCAGGCGAGGUGGAGAGCUACGAGUUCCCGACGUGCGAGGAGUACCUCAAGGAUCUGUACUGCCGGAUUGAGGUGCUGUUCGUGGACACGCUGAACCCCAACGACUCGGGCUUUACGCUGGAUCUGUCGUCGGAGUCCAACUACGAGCAGAUCGCCAAGGCUUGCGGACGAAGGAUCAAUGUGGAUCCGUACGAAAUUCAGUUCUUCAAGUGUAAGAACUUUAGCGAAAUCCCCGGCCAGCCUCUGCCCCACAACUACAGCGGAACGUUGAAGGACAUCCUGUGCUACACCAAGGCCAAGACGGUGAGGAAACUGUUCUACCAGAAGCUUUCGAUCAGCAUCAACGAGCUGGAGAACAAAAAGCAGUUCCGCUGUCUGUAUCUGAUGCCCAACCUCAAGGAGGAGAAGGAGCUCAUUCUGUACCCGAACAAGAACGGUACCGUGGCGAGCCUGCUGGCGGAAGCGGCCAAGGUGAUCGAGUUCCACGAGAACAGCACCAAGGUGCUGAGAAUAUCCGAGCUGUCCAAGAACCGACUCGCGCCCGGACCCGCCAAGGACACUCCUCUGGACCAGCUGCACGACUACACGGACAACACCUUCGUACAGCGGACCACCAUCAGCAACCAGAAGAUGUACCGCAUCGAGGAGGUCGCCGAGGACGAGCUGAACCCGGCCGAGAACGAGAUGCUCGUGCCGGUGCUGCAUUUCACCAAGGACAUCGGUAGCAUUUUCGGCAUUCCCUUCUUCAUCCGGACCGUGCACCAGGAAACCUUCGCCACGCUCAAGGAGCGCAUGAAGAAAAAGCUAAACGUCUCGGACAAGGAGUGGGAAAAGUACAAGCUGGCCAUCAUCACCGAGCACAUUGACUACAUCGACGACGAAACGAUCGAGAUCAACCUGGAGAUGUUCAAGCCGGACCUGGCCGAUCCCAACUCGCGGACGUACCUCGGGCUGGAACACAUCAACAAGAACACCAAGCGAAGCAGGUUUAGCAACAUGGAGAAGGCGAUCAAAAUCUACAAUUAGAGAGCACCUCUUCAUUUUUUGCGCCUUUCUCACUCUUCCCCCCCUCAGCAAAGCACACCCCAUCCGGAUUUGUCCUCCCUGUUUCCCAAAAUCACACACACACACACAAACACACUCACGCAGCGUUGUAAUGAAGGAAGAUUUUUAUUGCUAGUAAUUUUAACUAAUUAUUUAAUUGAGGCACGUAAAAACUCUAAAAUAUUGUCGCCACCACCCCCUUCCUGCCUCUCCCCCCCCUUUCCCAUAGUUUUGCGCCAAACAUUGUGUCACAGGCGGCGUCAGUGAGAGAGAGAGAGAGAAAAUUAACGUUCCAAAAUUAACGAAACAAAAAUCAAUGUUGAAAAAGUAAAGCGAAAUCACCGCGUGAAAAGCAAGAUUUGCGAGAGAGAAAGCUGUUAUUUUCCAUUUCCUCCACCCUCCCUUCCUUUAUUAAUAUUUUUUUAUAUGAAAUGUUUACUUUCAAGAAAAACGUAAGCUUAUGAAUUGAGCGAGAGCGAGAAAGAGAGAGCGAGAGUUUUUAAGUGUAAUCAUUAUCUACUUAGUUAUCACUGUGGGUGGGCGACAACUCCUGGCGAGGAAAAAACAGCAUCAGCAGAGUGGAAAAGUUGUUUGUUCUUUUUUUUUGAAGUGUAGAAAGCACGCGUCCGCGCAUUGUUCUGCUUGUUUUCUUUUUUUUAAAUUCAAUUGUUUAAUUUCGUGUCACUCGACUUUGUUGCAUUGGAAAGGGUUUCUUUCCUCGUUUCAGGAAUUUAUAAAUCGCUUUUGAAAGUGAUGAACACAGUAAGAGAGAAGGCGAAACGAUUAUUUAUAUUUAAAUAUUAAAGCUAAAAAACAAGAUGAGAAAGGUUAAACAAAUAAGACUAUAGUUAUAAUUGCUGCUAAUUGCAAAGUAUAAAACAAAACAACAGCAAGCUCGGCUAGGAAAUCCAAUAAACUAAACAAACAAAAAAAAACUAUAUUUGCUGAACGAAAAAAUACUGACUGUGGAAGAAAGCCUGAAAAAACAAAACAAACAUAUUAAAAAAGAAAAAAAACUCAAACACGCAAAGCCGCAAAAUGUGUCCUGUUUUUGAUUGUGAUCGCCACCUCGGAUUUUUUUCACUCGCUCGUUUGGUUUUUGUUUUUGCUCUCCAAAACUCAGUGAACCAAACCGACUAACAAACAACAACCCAGAACUUCUUUCCUCUGCGCUCUUGAGAAGGGACACGACAACUGAUAUGGAUAUGGAAGGAAAUAAAAAACAGAAUAAAUUGUGUAACAACUUAGUGUAAAGUGCGCGCGAAGAAAAGAAAGAAAAAAAACAUCGGAAAGAAGGUGAAGAAAUUAGCUGCGGAGAAUGUGGCGAAAUGGUAUAAUAUUAAAGGAAAAAAAAGGAAACAAAUGUUAAACGGUAAGAAGAAGGAGAAAAAGGAAAGCCCAGAAAAGAAAAAAAAAAGAUGAAGAAGAAGACGCUGUUGAAGAUGGAGGAGUUAGAGGAUGGAAGGAGCUAAUUGUAAUAAAACAGUAAAAAUUAUAAAAAAUUGCAAAAAACAAUAAAAAAUGUUUGAAAAAUCAAAGAAAA